GUUUGUAGCCCCUUGAUAAUGCGCCAUGUUGCAGAGAGUCUGAGAUUAAAGGCGUCUUCGUAACUCUCGCAGUACCAUUAAGCCAUUUCUCCCAGAAGCUUGUGCGCAUGGUUCUUCCAUAUAUGACCUGCGUGAAUGCUUUCGUUUCUAUAGGUGCUUCCGUAGAAAAAGAUAUCCCCAGUGAUCUGGGUGCGGUUUCGCUUGAUGAGCUGCCUGACAGACGCUAGGAAGAGGCGACACAUAUAUAUCUUCGCACAGCUGGAUCCCGCUUUUGUCUGGUCGACGGUACACUCGAACACUUACAGCAUGUUCCAACGUUUUUAUGGACUUUCAACAGUUUUACUGUUUGUGACUCUCACAGGUGCACAAGCUGAAUGUCCUGUUCAGCUCAACCCACAGAGAGCUGUUGUGAGAUACAACGAUUCUGUUGCAGUUAACUGUAGCACUUCAGUCUCACAUAAAGGGAUGGGAUGGGAAGCCAGUGAAGGAGCAGUGCAAAAAACCAGUAACAGUCUGAUCACAUGGAGAGUGUCACACCUGACAGAAUGGGAGAUACAGCCAUUCUGCUACAUAAACUAUGAGGGACAGUGUGUAGUAGAGCUCCCAGUCAUUAUUUACAAGACUCCAGACAAUGUGUCCAUCAGCAUUGUGAAACGCACAGGACCAAUGAUAGCGGGACGGCAGUAUCAGCUCCAGUGUGAUGUUCACGAUGUGGCUCCUGUUCAGAAUCUCACUGUCAAAUGGUAUAAAGGACAGACUCUGCUGACCCAAACCACCUUCACUGAGGAUAGCAAGACUCCAGUGAAUGUAAACCCCACACUCCUGAUCCGUCCAGACAGAGAUGAUGAUGGAGCUCAGUACUGGUGUGAAGCAGAGCUGGAUCUGGGAGCAGAAGGACCUCAAUAUUCUACAAAUAAAACAUCAGCACAUCUUAAUGUUGAGUUGCACUAUAAACCAAAACACUCGAAUUCAACAGAGACCAUCAUUCAAAAGGAUGAGGUCACACUAAACUGUACAGUGAAGGCAAACCCGGCUCCUGUGUACAUAUGGUACUCAGAUAAUCUGAAAGAGAAGAUCAACUCCUCAGUGCUCCAGUCCUCCACACUCAGUCCAGGAAACUACACGUGCAACGCCACAAACUAUCUGGGAACUGACACCAAAGUGUUCAUCAUCGAAGCUGAGCAAAGAGGCAGAACCACAUUCUGGGUUAUUGUUAUAUGCGGAGUGGCCCUGGUUGUGGUGUUAAUCGUUGCAUAUGUGAUAUACAAGAAAAGGAGUUCCAGCAAUUCUAUCAUUUGAUGGAGAAGAGAUGACACCAAAGGGGUACGUUCUCCUCAGGGAGAUCAUGAAAAAAUUGAUUAUUAUGGGUUAUUAUUUAAAGCAAUAGGCUAGUUCAUCCAAAAUAAAGAAAUUGCUGAAAUUGGUGCCAAUAAUCUAUAACAACACUUUCUCCAUCCACUGUUGUCCUCUCACAUCAAAAUCCACCAACAUAUUUGUUUAGAACCGGUUUCUCUUGUACAGCAGAUUUUCAUUUUGGGUGGACUAUUCCUUUAAUGAGCUGAUGUGAUUUUGCAUGGCUUGGGGUGUUGCAGUAUUGGGAACUGUUACAGCACUUUUUUUUAAAUUACCAUAUUAAGUUUCAAAUUAGAUUUCUUUUUAUGUUUGUUCCUUAAUUAUUCUGGUCCUGAUAGGACAAAAUCAUGUCUCAUAACUGUUAUUAAAUAUAACCACUUUUUUUGUGGAAAUCCCAUUACUGUAAAACACUACAUUCUUUUUCCUUUAUAAAUAGUCAUAUUUUAAUUUUGAAAAGCCAUUCAUUAAAGAUCAUAAAUAUGGGUUUUGCUGUAUUUUCAUUGCUGUUAAUGUUGAUUUGGUGUUGGGCAGGUACUGUUAUUACAGAAAUGCAUGUGAUAGUUCAUAUAAUAAUAAUAAUAAUAAUGUUUAAUUAGUCUGUCGCACAAAAUGUAUUUUUUAAUUUUACAAACUGUAUUGUCUUGAAUGUAAAGCUUCACUUAUAUUUUCACCCAUUAAUUGGUUUAUCUAUCCACCAUGGUUUUAUAGCUAAAGUUAAUUUGUUAUACACCCUCACAUUAUUUUUAUACUAAGGUUGGGACAUUUUUCAUCAAUGGGGUUUUUACUAUUAAAUGUGCCGCAUGCCUUUUCCUCUGUAUUUUUAUAAAACAUCAUAAGGAUUGAUACUAUAUUUUUAUUUUGUGGUGCAUAAGCUAUCAAGAGCAUGUUCUGAACUCUUAAAAUAUGCUGUUUGUUUCAACUAACCUACAGUAGUUGUAACCUUAACUAGCUAAUGACCACUAGCCAGAUUACCUAGAAACUGCUGGUUAAUGGAAACAUUAACAAUAAUCCAGUUGUUGAGAAAGAAGAUAAAUAUCACUGAACUGAGAAAAUGAAUAUUGAUAUCAGUAGCCAACAACAUUCAUCACAAAGAUUACACAUAAUCUCCAUAAUGCUAAUGAAAUAAAAGAAACAUGUGGGUGCCUAGUCAA